AUGUCAUGCGGAUGGCAUGUCGUAGGCAAGUUUCGCUUCGUUUUCAUCCUUACUUCUUCAACUGACCUAAUUCCCUUAGUCGUCUUGCCCACCAACAUCCUCCAAGAAGGCAGAACCUUUCGCACCCUUGCCAAGCAGACGGACGAUCUCCUCGGCAUGAGAAUCACGCCCUCUGCCAACCUCCAACUGCAACUCUCUGGCUCUGUUUUUGACAACUUCGUGCGGUCCUUCUGGUCCUCGGUCGCGAAAGAGACCGGCGCACUGAGACAACUCCUGCUCAAGCAGAGCGACAUGGACGAGUACUUUGGAGGCCCCCGUUUGCGAGAUAAUGUGGAGGCGAUACUGUCUGCCGUAUCCCCUGAAGUCCGAGAGGUCCCCAACGAUGGCAAACUUUCCCUCCAAGAUCUCCUAGAUCUCCCUCAUGUCUACCCGCACAUGACCCUGCCUGGGCCAUGCAUCUACCUUCGCAUAUGCACCCAUCUUGAAGGACAGUCGGCUGACUCUCACGGCGAUGCGACUGAUGGGGGUAUAAACCAUGGAGUCGCGUUCUACGUUGGCAAAGCCAAAGACAUUUGGCGGCGGGCAAGGCAACAUGAGACUAACACAGAGAAUCGCAACGUCGCCGGUCUUCACUACUCAACUGCCCGAAAGUCAUCGCGAGAGCACCGACACAUGAUCCCUCUCCUUAUUUUCCAGCAGGCGACUGUUCCCGAGGCUGUCAUGAACAUGGCAGAGCAGACGAUGGUUGUAGCUUUUCGGUGCUACCAAGGAUGGCUGUUCCGUCCCGUUCAAGCUGACAAUGCGGUGCCAACCUACGCCAUCCAGCAGCAUCGGGCUCAGUUCAUGAGUAAAUUGGCCAGCGUUGACCCCCCUCGGCUGCAAUACGAGCAGCCCAUUGUUCGAGUUUCGGAGACGAGCCCAAGUCCAAUGCAUCCCUAUGGUGCCAGGGGAUCGAGUGUAUACCAGGACCUUCACGACGUAUCGACUUCGGCGAACCAUCUUCUGGCAAUCUCUGAGCACUGGGAUCCAACAGAUGCGAAGAGGGGAUAUCUCGUAUUCGAGAUCAUGGACGACAAGAAGCCACACCCUCGUGCUUGGAUCGGUGUGCCAUCUGUUGGCUCCUACGAGAACUUUGACCAGGCAUCAAGUCUUGCUGUUCGCUUCGAGUGGUACGAUGAAGGGAGAAGAACGUGGUGCACGGUUCCUCUUCAGCGAGUUUCGCUCCUACGAAAACCCAGGGUGAAAUACGUCCGAGAGGGCGCCAUUGACAAGAUUCUGUCCGGCUGGCGGCUCGCCAUGACCUUGAUCCAGGCAUUGGAAGGGAUCGUCUACCAGGAGCCUCUCAAUGGAUUUGCCAAGGAGGUUAUCAUCGGACAAGUUGAUCUCCUUCAGACUGAUCACUUGAAUCAGAGAUAUCGAUGGGUGAGCCGGCCGAAGAAGGCCCUUCCCGCUCCAGCUCUCGCCAUCUGGGAAGAAAACUACAACCUCAUGCACCAGCUCUUCGAUACACCCCUCACGCAUGUUGGGACUUCUGAACCACUCCAGCUAUCCUCCGAUGUCGUGAACCGCGCAAUGGGUGACCUCAGAGGAGGGAAGAUGGAGUUCAAAUGCGACACGUGCAAUUAUAUGGCAGCGUAUAUUAUCUGCACCCGCGACGAAUCCCGGACGGAUUGCUGGGCUACCACUUUCAACCGCCCAACAGGUCCUCACCGGUACAUGGCGUUCCAUCACACCAUGACACAAGAGCAGCUUUGUCAAGUCCGCGUCGCUCCUGUCCCGCUCGCUGAGAAGCUCGGUUUAGAUGAAGAAGACAUGGAGGAGGAAGAAGCCAUGGUGACUCCCGUGGUCGAUGAUGGUGAAACGGAAGAGUGA